UAGCUGCUCUCAGCUCGCUCGCUCUGCUCCGUCUUUGCCAUUGAACUCAUUGACCCAGAAAGGUAUGAAUAAUCAGAUAACAAAGGUAUACAUCUGGGACAUGGAUGAAACCCUCAUAUUGCUCAAGUCUUUGUUGAAUGGUUCAUAUGCCGAGGCUUUCGCCGGUUUAAAAGAUGCUCAGAAAGGUGUUGAAAUUGGAAAGAUGUGGGAGAAACAUAUCCUUCAAAUUUCUGAUGAUUUCUUCUUCUAUGAGCAAAUUGAAAACUGCAAUAAGCCUUUCCUUGAUAUCCUGAGCAAAUAUGAUGACGGACAGGAUCUCUCCGAUUAUGAUUUUAAUCAAGAUGGUUUCAGUCCUCCACAUGAUGAUCUCAACAAAAGGAGACUGGCGUACAGGCAUCGAGUCAUAGCCAACAAGUAUAAAAAUGGUUUACACAAUAUUUUGGACCAAGAAAUGAUGGAUGACUGGGAUGUAUUGUACAAAAUGACUGACGAGUAUACAGAUGGGUGGCUUUCGUCAGCACGGUCACUCUUGGAGCAGUGUUUAGCUGGGAAUGAAGAUCCUACCGUUUGUAAUACCGUUGCUGGUGGGGCUGUGAGUUCUAAUGCUACGGGGUCCCAGCACAUAAAUGUUUUGGUGACUUAUGGGUCUUUGAUUCCCAGCGUUGUUAAGUGUUUACUCUUUCGACUUGACAAUUUGAUAUCGUAUGACAAUGUUUACAGUUCAUGGGAUGUAGGGAAACUACAAUGUUUCCAGUGGAUCAAGGAACGUUUCAACAGUCGAAAUACCCAGUUUUGUGCAAUAGGAGAUGGAUGGGAAGAGUGUGAAGCUGCGCAAGCCAUGAAGUGGCCUUUUAUCAAGGUAGACCUGCGGCCCAAUAGUUCUCACAGGUUCCCAGGCCUCACACUUAGAACAGUAGGUUUCUAUUUCUCUAUUGUGUAUGGAAACCCUGAUUCAGAAAACGAGGAUGACUGAACCAUAGUUUUGUCAUCAUAUAAAUUCCUUUUGGACCUUAGAAAUGGGUACUUAUUUGUACAUAAAACCAGAGUUUUACAUGGUGGAACCUGCAUCUCUGAACAAUAAAAUAUUGUUUGUACUUUGUACAAGACGAGCCUUGACCACUUCUUAGGCCAUGUAUUUGAUUGUAUAAUCAUUUAUUGUAGAUA